GAGCAGGAAGGAGAAAGCCAGCGGGAAAGGGAGCCUGUCUGGAGUUUGUGAAGAACAGACGAAUGGAAGGCGUGGGAGCCGCUCAUCCACGUCGGUCCGCUUUGGCGCGUGCCAUCGGGGUGCGCAUGCGCAGAAGGAAGGCCAAGAUUGGUGUGCGGGGCGGUCUCACGUUCCGUCCCAACCAAUCCGGGCGCGGCAGGAGGGUGGGGCCUGGCCGCCACUGGCGGGCGCGGCGUCCGCGCGCGGGUUUCGUCUCCUCCGCGCUGUGCGCGCGGGUCCUUGUCGUCGGUGGCAUGGAGUCGGGGCUGCUCCCGCGUCUAGCGCGGCGCCUGGGCGUCUCCGAGCCCGAUGUGCUGAGGAAAGCGGAGGAGCACCUGCGGCUGUCGCGGCUCAAGUGUGGGGGCCUGUCCGCGCGCACCACCGAGACCAGCAGGGCCGUCAUGUGCCUGGACCUGGCGGCUUCCCGCCUGAGCUGCCCCCUGGACAGGGCGUAUGCAGCUAAGCUUUCCGGUGUGAACCAGAAGACGUACCAGAGCUGCCUCAAGUCUUUCGAGUGUUUGCUGGGCCUGAACUCCAGUGUCGGGAUACAAGACCUGGCCGUCCAGUUUAGCUGCACGGAGGCCGUGAACUUGGCUGCGCAGAUGCUGCAAAGCUACGAGUCCAGCCUUCCACAGACACAGCAAGCGGACCUCGACUUGUCCAGGCCGCUGUUCACCACCGCCGCGCUGCUCACGGCGUGCAAGAUUUUAAAGCUGAAGGUGGAUAAAAGUAAAAUGGUAGCCACGUCCGGUGUAAAGAAAGCCAUAUUUGACCGGCUGUGUAAACAGUUAGAGAAGAUCGGGCAGCAGACAGACCGACAGCCUCGAGAUGCCGGCUCCCCGCCCCAGAAGAGACGGAAGACGGAGGAUGGAGCUCCGGGAACGGAAAGAGAGAAGGUGGAAGAGGUCCCACCUAAACCACAAAGCAGUGAAGACCCGGCGCUGGAUUACGAAGAGUGGAAAAGGAAGAUUCUGGAAAACGCUGCCAGAGCACAGGAGGCGGGGGCGGAGUGAGUGCCGCGUGCCUGCACCAGUAAAGGUGCCAGUGCCCGGGGUGCUGCUUCCGCGUUUAGGACAGGACCCUCGGACCGCGCCGUAGCGGCAGGGCACCAGCCCGGGCUGUUCCGGGCAGCAGGCUGGCCCCCGGCGUGGGCAACGUUCACCAGAUCAGCCACAGCCCCGGCUGGCACGGCCUGGGCCCCCCUGGCCUCACCCUGCACGUGGAACUGGAGCCGUUCACUCCAAGUCUGCUCUCCUGGCCUAGAUAAGUCAGGCCGAUGGAGUUACAGGUUUUACUUAAGUUUUUGUCUAGUUUCUUGGAUUGACUAGAUCCAUCUAGGUGCAGCCUAAGUUAAUAAAUACUAUUUUUAUGUA